AUGGCCUAUUUUUCAGAAAUCCUGAAUGGAUCUUCCGUCCAUGUCCUCGGUGCAGAGAUGCCCCUGCCACAGGCAGGAUUCAUCACGCUAUCUGUCCUCAUGGCCCUGGUCUCCAUCACAGCUGUCGUGCUGAACGCUACGGUUAUCGCUGUGACCUUACGGCACAAACAGCUGCGACAGCCGCUGAAUUUCGCCUUGGUCAAUCUGGCAGUGGCCGACCUGGGCACCACGUUAACAGGCAGUGUGCCAUCUGUGCUGACCAAUGCCGUGGGCUACUACAUUAUGGGACGGGUCGGAUGCGUGUUGGAGGGGUUCUGUGUUGCUUUAUUCGGUAUAACGGCACUAUGCACGGUGGCCCUGAUCGCUGUGGAAAGGCUGUUUGUAGUAUGCAAGCCUCUGGGUACGAUCACAUUUCAAAGCAAGCAUGCGGCAGGAGGGGUGGCGUUAUCCUGGCUCUGGUCUUUAAUCUGGAAUACUCCACCUCUCUUUGGCUGGGGGAGUUACCAGCUGGAGGGGGUGGGAACUUCGUGUGGACCUAACUGGCAGGGUCGAGACUUCAAAAACAUGUCUUACAUCAUCUCUUACUUCUCACUUUGCUUUGCCGUGCCGCUUGCCAUCAUCGUGAUUUCAUACUCGUGGCUGCUGUACACCCUAAGAAAAGUAGCUAAAGUGUGCGGAGGGGCGGCAGCGAGGGCGGAGUCAAAGGUGGCAUGGAUGGUGGUGAUGAUGGUGUUGGCGUUUCUUGUGAGCUGGCUGCCAUACGCUGCUCUGGCUUUAACAGUCGUCUUUAAUCCCGAUGUCCAGAUGAGCUCUCUGGUGAAGGUUGUACCCAUAUACAUGGCCAAAAGCAGCACUUUCUACAACCCCAUGAUCUACAUAUACAUGAACAAACAGUUUCAGAGGUAUGCACUCCCACUUCUAAUGUGUAAAGACCCCGGGCCUUCAGAGGAUGAAGCAUCGGAGCUUCAAACAGUCGUGUCACCAAUGAACAAAAUCAGCCCAGAGUGACAAAACAAAACUAGUGCU